GCUACCAGCCUUACGUCCGAUGGUCGAACCACGACAUCACCGAAGAGGAUGUCUUCUGGGAAAACAAUCAACAUUUCUUCACUGGCCUUCAGUCGGAGAGUCUUCAAGAAUUUCCCGGAGUUAAUUCCCCUUGCCUCGUUCAUCGGUGCUGCUGUGCUGGGAUGUGGGACAUACAUGGUGUAUGCCAUCACAACUAAACCGGAUGUCAGAGUGAACAAAAAGACUGAUCAGCCACCGUGGGAGAAGGUGAAAGGCAACCAGUCUACAAAGAUGAUGAACAUCAACCAGCAGUACCAGGAAAUACCGGAGCUACAGAAGCUGAGGGACGAGAUCGGCAGCUACAAAUUUUAACAAGACCGAGAAGAAUAAUUAAAAAAAAAUCUUCUUCUUUUUUUUUCAACUCGUGAAAACGUUUUGAGUGUGUUUUCCAUAUGAAGUCUCAAAUUGUUUGUUAGAGAUUUUAAAGUUGUUAAAGGUAGAUUUAAUUAAAAGGUUUGACAUUUGUUAGUAUUGUUUUAAAUACUGGUAUCCAUGAUCAGGUGAAAUUCUUCAGGUUCCAUAGCGAUAUGUUUUGUUUAACGAACAGCGCACAAGUUAAUGCAAUAAUGGCAGGGUACUAUUUUAAUUACAAUAACGAAACCAAACUGUACGUUUGUUUUCUAGUCUCCUCAAUUCUUAUAAUACAUUUAUGAAAUAAAACACAAAAUCUAUCGUGAGAUAUUUUUGUAACAGUUUCAUGUACUAACAACAGAUUUGUAAAAUAAACAGGCUGUAAAAUUUCAA